CAAAGCUCGAAAACAUUUGCAACGUAUUUAAUAUAAUAUAAGGUUAAUCAGACGAAAAUGAGUACCCGUCAUAAGACAUGCAUCAUAAUUCUGUUCAUUGCUAUGACAAGCAUUUUUGCUUUCCAAUGUCCAACAAACAAGGAGUGUCAAUGUAAAAAAUUCGGUCGCUAUGCAUUUAGUAUGAAUUGUACAAUAAAUAAUAAUAAUUCUGUUUUCGAAAUAUAUUCGGAACCGACUAUAUCCGACAAUGAAUUGAAUGAAAUAACAGUCACCUGUAUCAACUCAGCGGACUUGUCAGAUUUUAAUUUGGCCGUAAAUAAUAUUACGUUUUAUAAUAAUUUUUCGAUUUUUGGGAUGCACUUUGAAAAGUGUAAUUUAUCUAAGAACGUCAAAUGGAUUGACAUUGCACGAAUGCUAAGAACUACAAACACUGAAGAAUUAUAUUUUAACUCAUACGAAAAUAAAAACUUGACCUUGGGAAAGCAUUUUCUAAACGGUUUUGAACAUUUAAAAUUUCUAAAAAUAAGCAACUAUCGCAUUCAUUUGGACAAUCUGUCAGCCGAUUUGAGAGAAUUGGAAAUUCUAGUACUGUCGAACAACCACAUCGAACAUUUGGUCGCUGAAUAUUUUAAUUUUACCCCCAAAUUAAUUCAACUCUUUUUGGAGAAUAACUAUUUGGGAAGAAUAGAACCAACCGCAUUUGAUAAACUGACAAAUUUAAAAGACUUGUAUCUAAAUAAUAAUUCAUUAACCGAGCUUCCAGCGUGUAUUUUCGACAAACUUGUCGCUCUGGACAACCUUGGUGUUUAUAAUAGUAACUUAUCCAGUUUACCAGAAAAUAUAUUUGCAAAACUGGAAAACCUUCGCGUUCUUUUGUUACAAGCAAACAAGUUUAAAAAUCUACCAAAAGUAUUUCUACAAAACAAUACAAAAUUGGAAGAAGUUUACUUAACCGACAACCAAAGAAAUCUGAUUUUAUCGAAUGGAUUUUUUAGUAAUUUACCAAACCUAAAAUAUUUGGAUCUGGUAAAUAAUAGACUAGUCAAAUUACCGAAAGAUAUCUUUUGGGGAUCAUCUUCGCUGGAGUACAUUAUAUUGAGUAACAAUUUCCUCCAAUCUUUGCCUGUAAAAAUAUUCCAAGAUUUGUCAAAGUUAAAACAAUUGGAUCUGGAUUCUAAUUAUCUAGAAGCUUUGCCGGAUAAAAUUUUCCAAAAUACCAAUACAUUAGAAAUAUUGAAUUUAUCAAAUAAUCGCAUUACUACAAUUUCCGAAAACAUAUUUUAUGGAUUAUUCCAAUUGAAACAACUAAAUAUGGAACGAAAUUAUUUAAGUACUAUUUUCGAUUAUGCUUUUAUUUUUUUAAGAAGAUUGAAGAUUAUUAACUUGUCCCACAAUUGUCUUACAUUAUCUAAAAAGUCCAAUGCAUUCUUAAUAAUCUCUAGUAACAUAGAAAAAUUAUAUUUAGUUAACAAUAGCAUUUCCGAAAUAUUGACCGAUUGGAAAAGUUACUAUAAUCUUCAGAUAUUGGAUCUCAGCUAUAACAACAUAUCUACUAUAGAAACAGAUGAUUUACAGUUUUCAUCGAACAACAUUCUGAUAAACUUGACUCAUAAUAAAAUACAGCGUAUCCUUUUACACGAUGCCGAAGACAUCAUAAGAGAGAAUAGCAAAACUUUUCGCAACGUAAAAAUAUUAGUGGAAAAUAAUCCAUUAAAUUGUGAUUGUAACGUGUACGAUUUUCUACGUUAUUACGAAGGCGAAAUGCGUAAAGUUCAAAGCUAUUUUCAGAUAGGAUUAGACAAUUUAAUUUGUCAUAGUCCAAAAGAAGUGGAAAAAGUCUGGUUAUAUUCUAAAAAUUUAACCUGUAGAAUACAAAACACAGAUUCCAUUACUAUAUGCCCCAAAAAGUGCGAUUGCUUUUUGAAGCCUCAUGAUGAAGCUUUCAUAUUUGACUGUUCUCAUAAAAACUUAACUUACGUGCCAAACAAUAUAAAAGAACCUAACAUUAAUUUUAUUCGAAAUUUAACAAAAUCAGUUGACACAAUUUCGAAAUUUUAUUUGAAUUUCUCCCAUAAUCAGUUAACACAAAUGCCAGAUUUGGAAAACUUAAAACUCAGAUCAGUAAAUAAACUUUUUUUAUCUCACAACGACAUAUCUACCAUUUCCAAAAAUGGAUUAUCGAAAACAACAGAGGAUUUGGAGCUACACAAUAACAAAUUAUCAACAAUUCAUUCUGAUGUGCUGAUAUUUUGGAAAAACUCUACCAAUUUAACUCACUUGACAUUACAUGAAAAUCCUUGGGAAUGUGACUGUAAUGCUAAAGAUUUUUAUGAUUUUAUUAUUUCUAUCCAGAAUAAUCCAGAAAAAUCUAGAAUAAUGACGUCUAAAACAAUAUGUCAUAGAAAGAAUACAUCAAUAUCAGAAAUGAUGUGGGACGAUUUUUGUCCGUUUGAUACAACAGCAUCUGAUUAUCAGCAUCAAUUGAUUAUCAGCAUCAGUGCAGCAAUUGCUCUUUUUGGAUUAAUUGGUGGUAUUUUUGGUCUGUAUUACAAAUACCAAGAACACAUAAAAAUAUGGCUUUUUGCGCAUCAGUGGUGUUUAUGGUGUGUUACGGAAGAGGAGUUGGAUAAGGACAAAUUGUACGAUGCGUUUGUGAGCUUCUCGCACAAGGAUAUCGAUUUUAUAGCAGACGAGCUGAUACCGAACCUCGAGAGUGGCCCAACACCAUUCAAAUUGUGUGUUCAUUAUCGAGAUUGGUUAGCGGGCGAAUGGAUACCGGAUAAUAUUGCUAGAUCCGUGGAAAAUUUUAGACGGACGAUAGUGGUGCUGUCGCCAAAUUUCUUGAAGAGCAUCUGGGGAAGAAUGGAAUUUCGGGCUGCUCAUCGUCAAGCGUUAAGCGAAGGUCGGGCGCGAGUGAUACUAAUUUUGUAUGGUAACAUCGGACCCAGAGAUGAUCUGGAUCCUGAACUCAGAGCGUACAUAUCUAUGAACACGUACGUUAAAUGGGGAGAUCCUUGGUUUUGGGACAAAUUAAGAUACGCACUGCCGCAUCAAUCCAGACGAUCGAGAAGCAACUAUGCCCAAAGAGAGGUUCUUGAAUUUGAAGUCCAAGAUCAUGGACUGUGAACAAACAAAGACAAUCAAGAACUUAUUCAUUGUAUUUCCUAAGGCACUUGCGAUCACUCUAUCGUGAACUAACUUUUAUCAAUAAGAUAACUAUAAUCAUGUGUCAUGAAAUUGAUACAACUGCAAGUGAAAAAUUAGUUUCUAUAAUACAAAGAAAGAAACGAUUUGACAACAAGUAAAAAUGAUAAGUAACAUAAGAUUAUCACAAACGAUAAAAUGUAUUAACUCUAUACUUUAUCAUAGUUUGUAAGAUAGUUUAUUCAAUAUUGUUACAACAUUAAAAAUAAAAUAUAAUCUCAUAAUUAUAGAACAUAAAACAAAGAUAAUAGUUCCCCUAUGCAUGCAGAAGAUUGUUGUCAGUAUCCGUUUGGCAUUGUGUAGGAUUGCUCGAAGUUUCGAGCAAAAGUUAGCUUUUUUAGUAAUGGGAAUUUAUCAUAAGAAGUUACAUGUAUUAAAUCUAUGCAGCAGCAUGAAUAUUAAAGAUAAGAAAAGAU